CGUGCCGUCCUCCCGUCCUCGUCCUACGCUGUCGUUUGAGGGUCGAUGGCGCCCUUAAGCGUGGAAGACUUGGAACAGGCCGUCGCAGCGGCUCUGCAAGCACAGGACAGUGACCGCAGUGAGUCGUGCUUAUCACCAGUCCUGGAGGCGCUUCGAAGUCAGUCAGACUUGGCCGAGUCCUUCUGGCCCGGUCAGUCGGGCCAGUCCUCCAAAUCCUCCGGUGGCCCCGCCAGAGACUACUCCAGAGUCACCGGGGCGUUCGAUCGACUGGUCAAGGGCAACUGCAGCUGGUCUUCCAAGCUUGCUGACCUCAUGAGAUGUACUUCAGCUUGGGUAAUGCCGGCCCUGCCAAGGCGCCCCUUCGCCCAUUCGGACUUCAGCGAGAAGUCCGACAAGUCCGAGGCGGCGCCAAAGUGGGAGCCCGGGCGAAUGGAGGUGCAGGAAUCAGAUGUAGAACUACAUUGGGAUUCGUUAGAACCCGACAAAGCAUCUUCGCCUGCCACGGGCAGUACAGAGGAACCCAAAGACGCAGUUGAGGUGGAUUUGGACGACAUGGACAUUGAAGAGGAGCUCUCAUGCCCCGGCAUCACGUGGCUCUCAGCGUUGCUGUCGGCCCUGUUACCGCUGUUGACCAAAGCCUUGCCGCGAGAUCAGAACGAGGUUUGCAUCAUCCCGCACCCGCACAAGAUGGAACGGCAGGAGGCUGCAGAAGAAACCUUGUACCUGCACCUGGGGACGACGGGUCGACGGCCUGUUUUUAACACCAAGAAGAUCUGCGACAACUGUGGCACUCGUAUCACUGACCGCUACUAUUACCAUUGCUCCGAGAACUGCGACAUUGACUUUUGCCAGGACUGCCAUACGAGAUCCAAAGACCUGCUGGACUCCUUUAUGGCAGAGGUUGGUGAGGACAGCCAAGAGCAUCUGUCGAAAAGACUCUUUUGGGUCAUCGACAUCACCGAGCGCAUAGGUUGGCAUGUGCUUCACCUCAAUGUGGCAGAUCGACGACAGCUGGCAAAUGAGUUGGCCUUUGAAUGGCCGACGGCACUCUUCGAAAGACUGGUACAGGCGGCCAUCGACGUGGUCAACGCUCGUGUGGUUCACGUGCAGGAUGUAAAGGACAUCCAGUCGGAUGAGCGCUUUUGGUACGCGGUGGGUUGGCUUCAGUUCUUAUACAACACCAACGAGUUGCCUUGCAAAACAAGGCGCCUGGAAGAGCAAAGCAGUCGAGGUCCAAAGGUUGACUACGAACGCUUCGUUCUCGAAGGCAUCAACAAGUGCGAACCCCUGUCGGAGUUCCAGCGUUGGCGAACACAUCCCAGUGCCAAGGUGCCGAACGUGGUCGAGAUUCGCCGCUUUCGGGUCACAGACCACUUUUGCUCCUUUCUCACGCACAGCAACCUGGUGCCCAUGAACUUCCGACGGGUCUGCCUCCUGUGUGACGUCUGGGAACAAAUGCAGGCCUCGGGCCACAUUUUGCCUUUGCACCUGGAGGUUCCACGUGAGCCCAAGCGGCUGAUACAGGCCGUUGUGGAUCGCUUCUCUCCCAUCAUGAGCCCCGCAGAGUUGCGUCAGCCGCUGCGCAUUUGCUUCCAAGGGGAGGAGGCCGGAGGCCCCGGCGUCACCCGCGAGUUCUUCCAGGUGGCGCUGCGGAGCUUCUUAGAUGGAGAAUUUGGAGAUGAGAAGUUGUUCGUGUACCAUGAGCAGUCGAGACUGUACUGGUUCAACGAAAAGGCCAAGAAUUCGGAGCAGUGCUUCCGUUCCUAUGGGAUCCUCUUGGGUCAGGCUGUGCUGAACAACACGCACGUGCCGAACAUUUUCCCAAGGGCACUCUACGAUCGACUUCUGGAGGCAUUGGUAUCGCCGUGUGCAAGGACCUUGAGACUCGAGGACCUAGGAGCGGUUUGCCCAGAUACUGCCAAGAGUCUUCGGCAGAUCUUGGAGUACAAUGAAGAGGACAUCGCUGAAGUAUUUGGAGACUUAGGCUGGCCUCGCAGUCGCUUACCCGAAGAGCUGGUGAUUUCACAGGCCAACAAGGCAGAUUUCAUACAGGCUUACAUCGACUGGUUCUUCCAUGAAAGAGUAGAUGCGCAGUUGAGGCCCCUCUGCGAAGGCUUCAAGGGAGUCCUUGGUGGCUCAUCGUUGCUCCGGACCAUCGUGGACGCAGUGCAGUUGGAGAAGAUCGUUUGUGGCGGAGCGGAACAAGUGGACGUCAAUGCCAUCAGAUCUGGCUCAGAGAUCGAAGGAUGGACUCAACAAGAAGAGUCGGAGUAUUUGCCUUGGUUCUGGGAGGUGCUGGCCAGCUUCACAGCUGCGGAAAAGGUUCAGUUUGUGGUCUUCGUAACUGCCAGUGAUCGAGUUCCGCUGAGAGGAUGGCAAGCACUAGGUCUCAUUGUCCAGAAGAACGGUGUGGGAGAUGAUCGUCUCCCUUCGGCGUACACCUGUUUCAGUCAGCUGCUUUUACCACGUUUUUCGUCCAAAGAGAAGCUGCGGAGCGGCUUGCUCCUAGCCAUUGCAAACAGUGAGGGCUUCGGCCUUCGGUAGAGUGGAUGGAAAGCCUUGGGUGCUGGUGAAACUUAUCGA